AGCCACCAGACCAAUAUGGCUGACGGACUGUCAUUCGGUUGACAUUUCAUUCAAUUUUCGUUGGCAUACUUGAACGGCUGACUUUCGCCAGCGGAGCGUAUUCCGCGGCCACGUGCGUACAAGUGUAAAAAAUUACAACACUGAUUAGCUCGUAGCUCGAAAUUACGAGUAUCGCCGUGUUAAAAUUAAUCGGAGUAGUGGCGGCGCAACGACUGACUCUCUUCGUACGCCGGUACAGUGGCGUACAAAAGUCAACAUCCACCACAUGAUCGAAUACAGUCUGUAACAAAAAAACUAAUUAAAUGGCUUUACGAUAAUCCUACCAAAGAAGAGGAGUGAGUACUAAGCAACUAGAAUGCACUGACAAAAGUCAACGUGAUUCCCUUAAAAAUUGAAUGAUCCUCUUUGCAAAAUAUAUUCUUCUGUUUAUAACCUUCAAAUGUUACUACAAGGGAAUUGUUAUUGAUAAACUGUCAUUUACAAAUUAUUAAUAUUGAUAAACCAAAGAUAAAAGUACAGGUUUAGUUCCAUUAGCUGAAUUUGAAAUAAAGUUUUAUGUCAGCGCAAAAUGGGGAGUUCUGGUUUAAGACAGCAUUAUGAAACCGCGAAGAAGACUGGCACGUUAAAAUUAUCGCAAAGGAAACUUGACGAAUUUCCACAGAAUCUACGUGCCUUAGCGCCAUUGUUACGCACAUUGGAUCUUUCUGAAAACAAAUUUACUCGCAUUCCAGACGAUAUCGGUAAUUUUACUUUACUGAAGCAACUGAAUAUCAGUCACAAUAAACUGAUAGCUUUACCAGAAGCUCUCGGAGCGCUGAUAAAGUUAGAGGGCUUAAACGCGAGCUCAAAUCAGAUUAAAAGUAUACCAUGGUCUUUAUCGAAACUGACGCGUUUAAAACAUGUCAACCUGUCCGACAACCAGAUUACCGAAUUUCCCACUAUGUUUUGUGGUUUCAACUUACUGGAUGUACUGGACCUGUCCAAGAACCGAAUCACAAUGAUUCCGGACGCGGCCGCAGCGUUGCAUGUGGUUGAACUUAACCUCAAUCAAAAUCAAGUAUCAACUAUCUCGGAGCAACUGGCAAUUUGUUCGCGCCUAAAAACGCUUAGACUCGAAGAGAAUUGUUUGCAACUAAAUGCUAUACCUACGAAGAUUUUGAAAGACUCUAAAAUUUCUGUCCUUUCGGUCGAAGGUAAUUUGUUUGAAAUGAAACAAUUUGCCGAGCUGGAUGGUUAUGAUAAUUAUAUGGAGAGGUACACUGCGGUAAAGAAAAAAAUGUUUUAAGAUAUUUUGUCAUGUGUUGAUGUGCGUGUAAAGUUAUAAAUUAUGUUGUUAACAAUAGCACUACAUAACUGUUUCAUAACUAUGGAAAUUCGCCGCAUCGUGUUCGCGCAAUUAUUCUACACGAUAUUUGUAAUAACAUAAUUUAAAAAAUAAAAUCUUGAUCAAUUGUAAUAAUUAAUCUUUUUAAAUCCAAACUUUAUAAAACAGUACGUAGUUUUUGUUACGCGGCUUGUAAAACGGUACCUUUGUAUUCAGUAUUGGAGUACAGUUACGACCGAUGUUUCUAUCAGUUUAUGCACAAUUAAAAUGUACAAAUGAGAAGCGUAAAUAAACUACAUUUCAUAGAAAAUGUUUCUUCUUUGCUACAUAAUGUUUAGUUCUAUAAGCGGAACUAAAAGAAGAUCAAAAUACUGUAAAUCUUAAAUGUAGUUGUUGCCGUUCAUCUCAAUGUAUAAAAUAAACUUUAUAAAUUGAAA